CACAUCCUGCUAGCUGCUCGCCAGCCAGCCAAACAGAGAAAUAAUUAGUUAAGAUCUGGAAGUGGAGAAAGAGGUCAGGAAAUUGAGCUUGGCUUCCCCACCAUGGAGCACCCACGCCCGACGAUCCCUAGGAAAUACUUGUUCAAAUGCGCCAUGGGUGGGCAAUGGCUAGAGGUGGUGGCCUUAUACAGUGCGGAUGACGCGGAGGAGAUUCAAUCGGGCAAGAUCACCCGUGCCGGCGACACCGCCUUGCACCUAGCGGUGGCCGACGGUCAGGAAGAAAUCGUGGAUCAACUGGUGAGCCGCCUAAAGGACCCUCCGAAGGCCUUAAGCGUGCAGAACAACCAAGGGAACACCCCUCUCCACUUGGCCGCCUCCAUGGGAAGCGUUCCCAUGUGUUUCUACAUCGCCGACCAGCGCGCAGGAGAUCUGGUGGCUAAACGGAACAACGACGGCGAAACCCCAUACUUCCUAGCAGCCCUCAACGGUAAGAAAGAUGCGUUCCUCUGCCUCCAUUUCUUAUUAGGCGAGACAGAUGAGGAUCGAAUGAACAAUGGCCUUAAGUAUGCCAGAAGGAGCGACGGCGAUACCAUUCUCCACUGCGCCAUCGCCGGAGAACACUUUGAUGUAGCAUUUCAAAUAAUACAUCUCCUCAAGCAAGACCUUGUUAUUUCCAUGAAUGAGCAAGGAUUUUCUCCUCUUCACAUCUUGGCGAGUAGGCCCUCCUCUUUUAGAAGUGGUAGCCACCUCGCUCGGCUCAACAAAUUAGUCUAUCUCUGCAUUUUUGUUGAAAAUCUCGAGAUAGCGCCUCUUCCGAAUCACCAGAGUUUGGUUGAUAAAAGAAUUUUAUUGGAAAAGAAAAAAAAGCUCAUCUGUCCAAGAAAUUAUGAAAUGUUCGUCCAAUUCAGUGAACUGCUUUGGAAGAUGAUUAAAUUCACAGGAAAAUUCAUAAAGCAUUCUUCAAGGAAAAGUGAAGGGCAAAGGGAUUCGAAGAAUCAAAUUGAGUCGUCAACCCGCACCAACUUUGAUCUGCUGCUGCCAAAAACCAUUAAAUUAUGUUCAGAAUGCAGUUCAAGAUCUUGCAGAUGCACAGAUGAUGAAAAUCUUCAGAAAGAACAAGACAACCUACAUCAAGUGGAUGAAUCAAACAAAGACAAUGGAAGGAAAAAAUAUGGUGAACCAUUUCCGCCCAACUACAAGAUUUUCUCUGAAUUCAUCAAGAUUAUAUACAAAUUUAUGCUCGUUGUACUUGGAUUAGGAUGGGGAGAAAUAUUGAAGAUUAAAGCCAAAAGAGAGAAGCAUACAUGGUCUAUUCAGAUCUUGGAGGAGCUUCUUCAUCACAGCUCAGGGUAUGAGUACAACGAUACUGGAGGAGAACCAGGAGAACCCAUCCUACCAUCAGCAACAUCUCUAAACGAAGGUAGAACCAACCCUUACGAAUUCAUCAAGACUUUAGAGAAUGAAAGUGCAGAAACUAGUCAAAUGAAAGAUGGAGAAAACGAAAAUGCGGAUAAAGGGAAAACUGAAUCAGUAUUGGGAAUGGAAAAGAACAUAGCGUUAGCACAAAACGAUGCUUCCAGUGAUGUGAUGGAGAAAAUGCAAGAUAUGUUUCCGGUGGCCAUCCAUGACAUCAAUGACCCAAACAAGAGUAUGGUCCUGUCGGUACAGGAGAAGAAAAUCCAAGACAUGUCAAAAAAGGAGACGCCCAUUUUGAUUGCAGCAAAGAAUGGAAUCAGAGAAAUAGUGGAGAGAAUUCUUAACCAAUCUCCAGUGGCCAUCCACGACACAAAUGCUGACAAGAAGAACAUAGUGCACUUAGUAGUGGAGCACAGACAGCCUCUUGUAUACGAUUUUUUGCUAAACAAAAAACCCCUAAAGCAAACAAUAUUUAGUCAGCAAGAUAAGGAAGGGAAUAGCGCUUUGCAUCUUGCAGCAGUUCUCAGGGACCAUCAACCUUGGAACAUUCCCGGUGCGGCCUUACAAAUGCAAUUGGAAAUGAAGUGGUACCAGUAUGUUAAAGAGUCCAUGCCACUACACUUCUUUAGUCGCCAUAACAACCGUGGCAAUACACCAAAGGACAUUUUCGGAGAGUCACACAAAGACCUUGUCCAAAAGGGAGGUGAAUGGCUAAACAAAACCUCCAAGUCAUGCUCUGUUGUGGCAGCACUCAUAGCAACCGUGGCCUUUGCUACAUCAGCCACUGUGCCUGGUGGCAACUCAAAAAAUGGCAAACCAAGAUUCGAACACCAACCUGCAUUCAACGUCUUCGCCGUUUCAUCCCUCAUUGCUCUCUGCUGUUCAGUUACCGCAGUGAUUAUGUUCCUGUCCAUUCUCACAUCUCGACACCAGGAGAAAGAUUUUGGUAGAGGCUUGCCCACAAAGCUUUUGUUGGGUAUGACGUCGCUCUUAAUAUCCAUCGGUGCCAUGUUGGUGUCUUUCUGCGCUGGCCAUUUUUUUGUGCUUAGAGACGAACUUAAGUAUGCCGCAUUUCCAGUUUAUGGAGUGACCUGCUUGCCAGUUACAUUUUUUGCCAUCGCCCAGUUUUCCUUAUACUUCGAUCUAUUAUGGGCUGUCAUCAACGCUGUACCACAACGAAGCUACAAGACCACCCUUUAGCUUGGCAUAUUUCAACUGAUAUCAAAUAAAAAAAAUGUUUUUGUUUAAGUUGUUUCAUUUUUAUUAUUGUUUUUAGUCUUUCGUUCGUUUGUUUUUUUUUUUUGAUUUCUUCUUUUGGUCUUGUAAUGUCUUCUAUGGUUUCAUUAAAUAUACCAACUAUUGAGAGAUAA